GCCAUCCCUGCCUCGGCGGGCCCUUCUCCGCCACUCCGUCCUGCUCUCUAGAAACGGCCCCGCGAGGCUGUCCUCGCGCCGAAGUCGUUGGAAGUGCGGGGUCGGCCAUUGGCCGCCCGCCGCAGCCGCGCUUGCGUACUCCGCAAGGGUCCCCACUAAGUCCUCCUGAAAGUAACGGACCCAAGAGAGUCGUGUCCAUUAACUUCAGCGGGUCUACUCUGAGGAGGACCAUAGCUGACUAACGCCCUGGAUACACAAAUGAAGGCCUGGAAGCACCGAAAUCGCCCCGGCAGCUGCCGAGGUCUUCUGUUGCCCAAUGGCAACCGUUGGUUUCUAUGGGCAACCCUCAUUUCCAACCCGGGAGGGGGCGCUUAAAAGAGUCUGACAGGAAACAGGAAACCACCCCGGCGGGCCUUUCUAGGAGUCGUGGAAGCAGCGGAGGUUUCGUCAGGAUCACGUGAGAGACGAGACUUUUGCUCCCACUUCCGGCGGCCCCUCAGCCUCCUCCGAGCCCGGCUGGUUCCCUUGUCCGCCGCCGCCGCCGCGAUGUUGCUCUCGUGCUUCCCGGAGCUGUACUUCAACGUAGACAGCGGCUACCUGGAAGGCCUGGUGCGAGGCUUCAAGGCCGGCGUCCUCAGCCAGGCCGACUAUGUCAACCUCGUCCAGUGCGAGAGCCUCGAAGAUUUGAAGCUUCAUCUCCAGAGCACAGACUAUGGGAAUUUCCUUGCAAACGAAGCCUCUCCCCUCACUGUGUCUGUCAUUGAUGACAAGCUGAAGGAGAAGAUGGUGGUGGAGUUCCGCCACAUGAGAAAUCACGCCUAUGAACCUUUGGCCAGCUUCCUGGACUUCAUCACGUACAGCUACAUGAUUGACAACGUAAUCCUCCUGAUCACUGGGACACUGCAUCAACGCUCCAUUGCUGAGCUGGUGCCCAAAUGCCACCCCCUGGGGAGUUUUGAGCAGAUGGAGGCAGUGAACAUUGCCCAAACCCCCGCCGAACUGUACAACGCCAUUUUGGUCGACACACCCCUAGCUGCCUUUUUCCAAGACUGCAUAUCUGAGCAGGACCUUGAUGAAAUGAACAUUGAAAUUAUCCGGAACACACUUUAUAAGGCUUACCUUGAGUCCUUCUACAAGUUCUGCAAAAUCCUGGGCGGCACAACAGCUGAUGCCAUGUGCCCCAUCUUGGAGUUUGAAGCUGACCGAAGAGCCUUCAUCAUCACCAUCAACUCCUUUGGCACAGAGCUGUCCAAGGAGGAUCGCGCAAAGCUCUUCCCCCAUUGUGGAAAGCUCUAUCCAGAGGGUCUGGCUCAGCUGGCCAGGGCAGAUGACUACGAGCAAGUCAAGGCAGUGGCUGACUACUACCCUGAAUAUAAGCUGCUGUUUGAAGGAGCUGGUAGCAACCCAGGGGACAAGACUCUCGAGGACCGAUUCUUUGAGCAUGAGGUGAAGCUGAACAAGCUGGCUUUCCUGAACCAGUUCCACUUUGGUGUCUUCUAUGCUUUUGUGAAGCUGAAGGAGCAAGAGUGCCGCAACAUCGUCUGGAUUGCGGAGUGCAUCGCCCAGCGCCACCGGGCAAAGAUAGACAAUUACAUCCCCAUCUUCUAAACCCUUCUCUCCUGCCCGGCCAAGUCCACAGGUUCCUCGCCUCCCUUCCCCCAAGUUUCAGACCUGGAUGUAGCUUUCUGAGAGACCACCGGGAGGAGCCUUUGUGGUCUUGCUGGGCCAUGGGGGGGGGCCUGCCUCCUUCCUCAUUAACGUGUCACUGUAUGUGUUUUGUGUAGAUCAGACUAGAUCAUUCAGUAUUACUAGAAGUUUACUGUCCUCCACAGGAGGGAUUCUGGGUGUUUCUGAGGGUCAGCAGGAACGCUGUGCCCUCAUGCAACACUUUGGUCGGCCAGCACAAUGUCAUGCGAGCAGUGAAGAGAUGUGUUUGUGUUGUGUUGACUGUGAGCAUCUGCUUGUCUUUGCACAACUUGAGGCUUCGUUGUACUGCAUCCUUCAGCCGACUCUACUCUCCUGGCUCUUCUCUCUGAAAGUCUUGGGAAGUCCAGCUCUGCAAAGGGCACAGGGCUGGGGGAGUCCUUGGAGCUCUGCCAUUGCAGCAGCUCUUCAUAGGAAGCCACAACCACUCAGUGGGUUUAAAGCAUGUUUGUGGAACUUCCGCUUCCGAGACAGUCCCCUGGAUUUGGCACAGCCUCCUUCCCUGUGGUGCUGGCUUUGGAGCAUCCUGCCCACUUACUAGGCAAAGCAGCGAGAUCUGUGGCUGCACAUGCCUCUCUGCGAGUGGCAGAGCAGUUUGCUUGGCCAGCCAGUUCCCUGGAGGUGUUUUGCAAGCAAGGCUCCUCCUCACCCGCACUUGGAAGAAUGACCAGGACUCCUAAAGAGCAGCAACCACUUGGCCUCAGCUGGGAGCUCCCCUAGCCCAGGUUCUGUGGUGGGUCUUCCCCUGCCCCUCUUCUGGGUAUGGGCCUUUUGCUGUGAGUUGCACUGGUCUCAGGUCCCAGCCCUUUCACUGCAGAAAAGCUGUCCUUCCUUCACCCAGCCUGCCAGCCCCCGGCCCUUCCCAUGCAGCCAGCAGGCUCCAGCCUCUUUGCUUGCAAGCACUUUGGGAAGGUGUUCCUGGGCUGUGCCUCUUUUCAUGGGGGGCUGUCUCUCAGUUCCUUUGUAUGUGCAAAGUAAGUGGCUGCUGGGUGGGGAGGCUUUUCUCUGGCUGGUGUGGAUGGAAAGAGGCUGUCUCAAUUCUCCUUCCAAAUGAGUCACCUUGGCUCCAUGGUAUAUGACCCCUCAAGAGUUUCACUUGCUGUUCAUUACCUUUCUGUUAAACUGUGACAAUAAAUUAUUUCCCCAAAUGA